UUUUUGAAGCUCAAUUCUCAAUUCCUUUCCAUUUCUGAGGAAAUAAACAGUCCCAACACACACACACAAUGGCACCCAACCCCCCCUCUCCACACCCCUACCCGCUGGUGAAGCUGCCACAUCCUUUUCUGACCACAUAUCGAGUGCGCACCGUCGCCAACUCCUCCACGCCGGCCACACACACCUUGACGCUCGUGGAUCAGCCCGCCACUGGCCGAGCGCUGCCCCAAGCGCUACACCUGGACUCUCUCUCAUGGCACGACCUGUCCUUCACCCCCCAGGCCGACCGUCCCCCUCCUUCAGAUAACAGCGCCUGGGCGCGCGCGCGUCGAGGCCCGCAGACCACAUUCCAAUGGCCCGACAAUAGCGCCCCGACACUGGGACAGAUCUGGAACGUCAUUCACGCCAUAUACCUCGCACACCCGACGAACGAAUUCUUCCGCCUGACUCUCGUCGGCGCCGGCAAGGAGAUGCUGCAGAACGAACUGCUUUCGACCGGGCUGGGAGUCGAGCACCCCCAGCCAUUGCGUCGCGCCGACCACGCGAACGCUCCUGUGCCUUUCACCUCCAACGAGAUCCUCAUCCUGCGCAGCUCCUUCUGGCAAGGCGCGGCAUCGCCUCUGGGCCCGCGCCCGAUCUGGGUGGUUGGCGACGGCACCGACGGCCCUCUGCGGCAGUCGCUGGCCCAGUAUCCGGCCAUGCCCGAGAACUACCAAUUCACCCGCAAAUUCCCCGACGAGGCCGUGUAUGCGCGACAUCCCGUCCGUCGCCCCAAGCCGCACCCCGGCUCCAUCGUCUACAGCCGCUACAUCCCCGAGCUGGACGAGCACUUUUCCCUCGAGGUCGUCGAUUGGCAGGACCAGGCGCACCUGAAGCUAUUCAACACCUGGCAGAACGACCCCCGCGUCGCCUCCGGGUGGAACGAGACCGGCUCUCUGGACCAGCAUCGCGAGUACCUGCGCAAGCUGCACGUCGAUCCCCACGUCCUGUGCUUGUUCGGCCGCUUCAAUGAUUCCCGCUUCGCUUAUUUCGAGCUGUACUGGGCGAAGGAAGACCACUACGGCGCACACUACAACGCAGGCGACUACGACCGCGGCCGCCACUCGCUGGUCGGCGACGCUUCGUUCCGGGGCGCCCAGCGCGUCAACGCCUGGUACUCCAGCUGCAUCCACUACUGCUUCCUGGACGACCCGCGGACGGCCAACGUGGUGGGCGAGCCCAAAGCCACCGGCGGCACCAUCCUGUCGUACGAGAACUCCCAGGGCCUGGUCAUCGGCAAGUACGUCGACCUCGGCCACAAGCGCUCCGUCCAUUCCAUCUGCAGCCGCGAGAAGUGGUUCCAGCUGUGUCCCGUGUUUUGGGAUGGAAGGGAGCGGCCCUUGGAGUCGGCGGAUCGUGCCGCCUGGAAUGCGAAGCUGUAGAGAUUAUCUGCAGUUGAAAUGCGG